AUGACUGCCGAUAUCACCAAUUGGCGCGAGCCAAGCCACAGCAUCUGGGGUUUCCAGAAUGCGAACAAGAUCGUGCCGACUGAUUCCAUCCGCAAAUCUUCACAGGCAGUCAAAUUAACCUCCAAACCCCACAACUUCAACAACUUCCGAGUCCAGCUUCCGGAUAACUCUUUUUUGACCCUACCAUCAUUCCUCUCACAAACCGAGACUGAUGGCAUCGUCGUUCUCAAGGAUGGUGUAGUCGUAUAUGAAUUUUAUGACCGUACCAAUACUGAGGCGUCCAUUCAUGCAACCUUCUCCAUCUCGAAAUCAAUUUCCGGUCUUCUAUGCGGUAUACUCGUGGGCCAGGGCAAGUUGAACCCUGAUAGCCUUGUCUCCUCAUAUGUUCCAGAAAUCCUGCAGUCUGCUUAUGCGAGCGUCACGGUUCGGCAAUUGCUCGAUAUGAGGGCCGGUAUUACCCAUGAUGACGCGUCGCCCGGAUAUCGCAAGGCUGGCGGGUUGUAUCCAUUUAUGCCUGGCGAGAAGCCAACGGAUCUUCAUGCGUAUCUUCCAACCAUUCCCCCCUCGCCGGCCGUGCACAUGGAUGGGCUCGACGGUCCGCCCUUUGAGUACAUCUCGGCAAACGCUGACCUUGUUGGCUGGGUAAUUGAGCGAGCCUCGGGUAAAAGUUUCGCACAAUUCCUCAGCGAGUCUCUUUGGCAGCCAAUGGGAGCAGAAAGUGAUGCCUACGUCACUGUAGAUCACGGUGGUAAUGCUAGGGCGGCAGCUGGAGUCUGCGUUACGGUGCGGGAUUUGGCUCGUCUGGGCCAGCUCAUUGUCGAGGGUGGGCGUGGAAUCUUGCCCGAAAGCUGGAUCAACGACAUGUUGAAUAAUGGAAGCCAGCCUGCCUUUGCUGCUGGUCCCGAGAAGCGGGAAUACGAUCGCGUCUUUGAUACUGUCGCGUACCGUUCCUAUUGGGUCACAUCCCCCAGCGACGAGGCUUUGAUGGCUUCCGGGACAAACGGGCAGCUCUUAUUCGUUGACUGCAAGAACAAAGUGGUAGUGGCUAAAACGAGCUCCCAGCCGAAGAGGACGGACUGGGACAAGUUAGUUCUAACUGUGCAGGCUUGCAGGGAGUUCACCAGACUUCUAACUGGGGCAUCCAAUUAG